GAUACUAAUACACGUUUUACUAUGGCUACAAAAAUGUUCAAGUUUAUGUACAACAAACCCAGGUCUGAUGUUAGCUUUGAUUAUGAAUUUGAUACUAUUGAUGAUAAUGUUGGUAUUGCAAGUUUAGUUGAAGAAAACAUUAACAAUAAGAGUGAAUAUUUUGAAACGAAUA